AUGGGUAAGGGGUCUGGUCUUUACUCAAAGAUCCAGGAAAAGCCAAGUCCUGGGGAUGAGGCUGACAUGAGACAUGGGCGUUGUGUUCUUGGCCUCUCCAAGUGCCCUUUCAUUCAGGGAAAAGUGUUGUUAGCUCAGCCCCGGGACACUGGUUUUUCAUUUAGCCACGAUAUCAAUAGUCAUUUGGCCAGCCUCUCCAUUGCUGGAAACACGAUCCCUAUUCCCGACCCUGCUGUUGAGGCUUUCUGUGCCCCGGAUAACUUGAAAGCCAGUGUUGAAAAUCAGGGCCAGCUUAAGAUGUACAUCAACGAAGUGUGUCGGGAGACUGUGUCACUUUGCUGCAACUCAUUUCUGCAGCAGGCCGGAUUAAAUUUGUUAAUAAUCAUGACAGUUAUUAAUAACAUGCUUGCCAAGUCCGUUUCAGACUUGAAGUUUCCUUUGAUACCAGAGGGAAGUGAAUGUGCUGAGGGGCACGUUGUGAAACCCUUGAUGGGUUUGUCUGAAAAGCCAGUCUUGGCGGGGGAGUUGCUGGGAGCCCAAAUGUUGCUCUCCUUCCUGUCCCUCUUUAUCAGGAACGCAAACAGACAGCUUCUCCCAGCAAUCCCGGCCUCUUAAACGGCCCCCUCCAACAGGAUGGGACUGAUCCACCCCGAACCAAAACCCGAUCAGUGAACACACACUUGUGUUCUCAAUCAAAGACUCUGCAGUGGGUGCUAUUGAAGAUCCAGCCUUAGCCAAUAGCCAUAUCUCUGGGUGAAAGUUACACUUGCUAAAUCCAGGGCCACUCUCUUGUUGGCCAGGCGGGGGUUCCCACGGAGCUUUGAGUAACCUCUUGGUUUUGCAGUCUGCAGGCAGUGCGCGUUGUAAAUUGCUCCCUUGCAGCCUUCUUCCUGUGGUAAAGGGAUCAUUUCAGCUGUGUGGUGAAAGAACACCAUUUUCUAGCCCGACAAGGGAUGCCUUGCCUGUGGUGGUCUCCCUGUCUAAGCUGGACCGUCUUGUGGAGACCAGACCCACAUGGGAGCUUGUGCCGAAAAUGCAUCGGUUGCUGCGUAGGUUGAAUUCUUUUUCAUUUGCUCUCUUUUCUUCACGAGCCUAUGGAUGGUAAACCUAUUCAGCAAAAAAUGUACACUCCCCUUCUAUGAGCUAUACUGACUCAGCCUCGUCCACCAAGUCUGCAUUUUUAUGUAUCACCAAUAAAGCUGUGCGCUUUAA